UCUCCGAUUAGUUGUCGUUUGCUGGCGGAACGCUUUGGACGAUGAGAAUUUGCUGCUUUUUGCUGGCCCUGUGCCUGGCCCUGUGGCCAUUGCUGAGUGGGACAGCGUCUGAGCAGCGGGUUCAAAGCUCAAACAUUUUGGCUGUGUUUCCCUUUACCGGGCGAUCGCAGUACAUAUUCGCGGAGCAAUAUCUGAAGGAGUUGUCGCGACGCGGCCACAAUGUGACGGUAAUCAAUACUUUUGGCAGCGCUAAGAAUGAGCCCAACUUUCGGGUGAUUGGCGCCACAAAGAUACACGAACUGAUGGCAGCCUUUGCUGCUGCUGACUUCAGUCAGUCCGCGGGUCAGUGGAAAAUGCUGUCCAUGACCACACAAUUUCUCAAUAUGCUCACCGCGAAUGUGCUGGAGGAUCCCGCAGUCCAGGAGCUGCUAACCGCUCGUGAGUCCUUCGAUUUGGUCAUCAUGGAAACGGUGCAGAAUGAGGCGCUGUUUGGCUUGGCUCAGCAUUUUGGUGCCCUCACCAUUGGCAUCUCCUCGUACGGCACCGAUCGGCACAUCGAUGAGUUGAUGGGCAAUGUAUCGCCACUGUCCUACAAUCCCAUGCUGCUGUCAUCGCGCACGGAGCAAAUGAACUACGAGGAGCGGCUGUGGAAUGUCUGGGAGGCCGCUGUCGUGUGGCUGCACAAGCGAUUGAUUCACUUGCCCAGCCAGAGGCAGCUCUAUGGAAAGUACUUCCCAGAGGCUCGGCAGUCGUUGGAGCAGGUCAUGGACAGCUUCUCGCUGAUGCUGCUGGGACAGCACUUUAGUCUGAGUUAUCCCCGGCCCUAUCUGCCCAACAUGAUCGAGGUGGGUGGACUCCAUCUGCAGCAGCAGCGCAAGGUGCAGCCACUGCCCGCGGAUAUUGCUGAAUUUGUGGAGCAAUCGCCUCACGGUGUCAUCUACUUCUCCAUGGGCUCGAACAUCAAGAGUGCCGAUCUGCCGCCCUCAACACGCAAAGUCCUUAUGGAUACGUUGGGCAGCCUGCCGCAGCGUGUGCUGUGGAAGUUCGAGGCGGAUCAGCUGGAGGACAAGCCGGAGAAUGUGUUCAUCAGCAAGUGGUUCCCACAGCCGGACAUCCUGGCACAUCCCAAUGUGAAGCUGUUCAUCACUCACGGCGGCUUGCUCAGCACCAUUGAGAGCAUUUACUUUGGCAAGCCCUCGCUCGGGCUGCCCGUGUUCUACGAUCAACAUUUGAAUGUGCAGCGUGCCAAGCAGGCGGGCUACGGGCUGUCCGCUGAUUUGUGGGGCAGCAACAGCUCGGAGCUGCAAUCGCUGAUCCACGAGCUGCUCGACAAUCCCAAGUAUGCGCAGGCAGCGGAGAUCAAGUCCAAGCUGUUUGCUGAUCAAAAGGAGACUGCCCUGGAGCGUGCCAUCUGGUGGACAGAGUACGUGCUGCGCCACGAGGGUGCCACACACUUGAGAUGCGCCUCGCGGCAGCUGAACUUCUUGCAGCUUCACGGCUUGGACACUUGGGGUGUGAUCGGAGCAGUCGCUGUUCUCUCACUGCUCGUCAUUGUGUUUUCAUUUAAGCUUUUCGUGCAAGCUCUGAGCUAUGUCAUAGCCAAACGUCGGCGGAUAGACAACAAAUUCAAGAAACAUUAGAAAUUGUGGGUGCCGCAGAGGUCGAGUAGG